CCCUUCAUUAUCGCAAAAGAAAUAGUAAUAGCGAGCGAAAGAGGGAAAGGAAUGACCGACACGCGGUUUCCUUCCACCCCUCCCUCUCUCUCUCUAGGGUUUCUUGAUAAGCAUCCAACGAAUCGCAUCGCGAGGUCCCGUAAUCCGCAGUAGCGGGUUUCGAUCGCUGUCACGGUCUCCAAUAUCGAGGGUUCAACAAUGGAAGAUACCGCAAACAUGGAGAGCCAUUUAUCAUCAGCUGCGGCUUUCGUGGAAGGAGGUAUUCAGGAUGCUUGUGAUGAUGCAUGCAGCAUCUGUCUUGAAGUCUUCUGUGAAAGUGAUCCUUCAACGGUUACUAGUUGCAAGCAUGAGUUUCAUCUACAAUGUAUUCUUGAAUGGUGCCAGAGGAGCUCUCAGUGUCCUAUGUGCUGGCAGUCCAUCAGUUUGAAGGAUCCUACCAGCCAAGAAUUAUUGGAUGGUGUAGAGCGCGAAAGGAACGUCAGACUUAACAAUACACGGACUACCACAAUUUUUCAUCAUCCUGCUCUUGGUGAUUUCGAAUUGCAGCAUUUGCCAGUUGGUGGAAGUGAUGCUGAACUCGAAGAGCGUAUUAUUCAGCACUUAGCUGCUGCUGCUGCCAUGGGAAGAGCACACCAUCUUGCUAGAAGAGAAGCACAGGGUAGAUCAGGAUCUCAUGGCCACCCACAAUAUUUGGUUUUCUCUACAAAUUCAAACACACCUUCUGUGGGAUCCCUGUCUGCCUCCUCUGUCACAAGAGUAGAAAAUGAGUCAGCUCCUGAAACAGUUGCUGCUAACCCAUUGGCCUCUGUAACUACUCCAGUAGGAGAAUCUGCUGAAGUAACAAGUGUUACCCCAACUCAUGCUAGCCAGAUUUCUUUGUUGACAUCUGGGACCAGCAGUGAUCGAUUCAGGGCACCAGCCGGCCAAUCCUCUCCGGUUAGCCAUGAACCAGGACCAUCAGACCUACAAUCCUUCUCAGAAUCUCUGAAAUCUCGCUUGAAUUCUGUCUCAAUGAGGUACAAGGAGUCCAUCGUUAAGAGCACUCGAGGGUGGAGGGAACGGCUGUUUUCACGAAAUAGUUCUGUGGCAGAUAUUGGUUCUGAAGUUAGGAGAGAAGUUAAUGCUGGUAUUGCCACUGUGUCACGGAUGAUGGAGCGCUUGGACGCUAGAGAUAGUAGAAGAACAUCCAGUUCUUCUGCCUCGCCUAGUGCCGGAGUGCACUCAGUUAUGGAACCGAGAAAUGAGGGUGUUAUUUCCAAUCAUGCCAGUACUCAUCCAAACAAUAGUACUACAUCAUCUUCUUGCAUUGCAACUUCAGGUCUCGAUUAAGUUACUCUACAAGUUCUAAAGGUUGAACAUGCAGCAGUGUUCAACAUUGAAGGUGGCCAGGCCUGAUUUGACUGAGGUGACGAACAUCCUUUACUCAGCUACUUUGGUUUGGUGACUCCCAAAUUGGUGGAUGAUGUUCGAUCUGUCUCAUGUAAUAGAGGUUAGCUGGUGCUUCGUGUGCUAAUAUAGCAAAAAUGGAGAGAUCAAGGACACGAGGUUGGGUGAUAGGGAUUGCUAAAGUUAGCAGAUCUGACUGAGAUGGAGUAUUGGAGGUCAAUGAAGGUGGAUGGCUGGCCUUAUCAAGGGCAGUAGUGGCUGUCAAGACCGUUGAGUGGAGAGGGAGAAGGUAGGGUGAUAGAUAAUUAGAUGACUAAUUAAUUAAAAUUCAAGCAGAUGAGGAUGUUUUGCAUGUUUGUCAAACCCAAAAUCAAUAUUGGAAGAAAGCACUCACUAAAAUCUGAUCUGAAAAAUUACAUUAUGAAUCCAUACCAUUUUUCGUGAUCUAAAUCAUGUUAGUUGCAUGUGGACCAAAUUCGCAUGUCAACAAGUCUUCACAUAAACAGCUAUUUUGCAUGAACGGUCUAUCUGUGUGAAUUUGAUGCUGCCAUCCAAAAGCUAGUAAUUUUUUAUGUGGAACAAAUGUAGAUUAUUGUAAUGUUUUCUAUUUCCAGUUUAAUGUUUUUUGUUAUUUUCUAUUCCAUGCAUAACUUGGUUUUUAGAAAAUGAUAUCUUUUUGUUUCAGAAUGUUGAAAAUUAUUUCUAAUGAAGAUGAGCACUGUUUUAGAGUUCAUGUGCGUGAUUUUGAAUCAGCAGCAUUGAUGUCUCAAUCUUGUUGACAGGAUCUUAGCCACAAUCUCCUCUGUCUCUCUCUCACAGACACACAUAGUCAUGCUCAUUCAGAGCAAAAGAGAAACAGAAAAGGAUAUUAUUUCUUUCACUUGAGGAAUAGAAGAUUUAUUCUUUUUUUUUUAAUUUUCUCUUCUUUGCAGAUCAUCCUUUAAAGAUGGAUAAAAUUGUGAAAAUGAGGAAAAAUUUAGAAGAUAUAUAAAAUCUAAGAAUAGAAGAUAAUUUUUAUAUAAUAUAAGGUUUAUGAUAAUUUUUAUGGUAAGUUGUGUACUAAGGGUAAUAAAAGACAAUUUACUUUGAAUUGCUAAAGUUAGAGAAAGAAAGAAAAAGAUUUGGAUAGUACUUUCUAUUGAAAGAGUUUAAGAAAAUGUGGAAAAUAUUUAUAAAAAAUAUGAAAAUAUGUAGGAGUUUGAGAUAUGAUGGCAUUCAUAUUUUGGUAUGAAAAAGUUAAGGUGAUCAAGGAAUAAAUAGUUUGAUUAGUUUAUUUACAAAAUCUUGAGAAUUAGAAGAUGUCCGAUGAAUGAAGAGUUUUUUAGUAUCAAUUUAUAAGAAUAAAUGGGAUAUCCAAAAUUGUAGUAAUUAUAAAGGAAUUAAUAUUGUAGCUACACUAUGAAUAGUACAAAUAUACUUUAAAAGGAACUCAUGAAAUAGUAAUUGAAAGUCAAAUAAGUUGUGAAACAAAAACUUCCUAAAAUCAAUUUGGUCUAUCAACUGUUCAAGAUAAUAGAAAAUCAAAGGGAAAAGAAGAAAGAUUUCAUAUGUUUUUUAUUUGAUUUAGAUAAAGUAUAUGAUAAAAUUCCUAGAGAUAUAUUAUGGUGGGUUUUAGAGAAGAAAGACGGAUCCACUACUUAUAUUGAUGUUAUGUGAGAUAUCUAUGGUAGUAUUUUCACUAGUGUUUAGGGGUUACCUUUUAUCUUUUUUAUGCUUCUUUGUUUUAUGUAGAUGAAUUCAUGUACAAAAUCUAUUCUUCUCCAUUUGUUGGAACACUGUUUUGUAGUUUUGGAAGUUAAGGAUUUUCACAAUGCCAUGCAUUUUGUUAUGCUUCUGAAAAGGAAAAGAAAAGGAUGAAUCGCGGGCCAGUUGAGUGAGUAUAUGCCUGAGCUCUGGAACUUGAUAGAUAUCCUAGUGAAAUACCACCCAAACUGUAUAUCAAAAUUUUGUGGGCUUUGAUUUUUAUUCAGACAAACAGAGGUUCAGUUUUUUUUAUGAAGUCUCUGCUCCUACAUUACAUGCUCUGACUAUCUAAUUUUUGUCUUGUUUCUUGAAUUGAUAAUACUACUUGUCAAGUUUAUACCCCUUCAAAAUUUU